GGAACUGAAUUUAAGAGGAGUAGACAAAGUCCAGUUGGCUUUGACAUUGACCAAAGAGGAGACUGCCCAGAUCCUAUUGAUUGUCAGCACUCGGCAAUCCUUGGUGUGCAUCGCUUUAAGCAAACAGAAGUGGGUCCUGCCGAGUGUGGGGAUGCUUGGGCUUGGUUGGGGGUGGGGGGACUCCAGUGCACCGCAUCCAGCAGAGAGUGAAAUUCCUGGAGAAAGCCCCCUUUCUGUCACAGCACCCACAGCACUCCGUUCCUGCUCGCAGCCCAACAGCCUCUCCGAGGAUGCUCCAUUUAAAAGUGCAGUUUUUGGAUGAUUCCCAGAAGAUUUUUGUGGUUGAUCAAAAAUCUUCCGGAAAGGCACUGUUUAACCUCAGUUGCAGCCAUCUCAACCUUGCUGAGAAGGAAUAUUUUGGAUUAGAAUUCUGCAGCCAUUCUGGAAAUAAUGUUUGGUUGGAACUUCUGAAGCCCAUAACAAAGCAAGUAAAAAAUCCUAAGGAGAUUGUUUUCAAAUUUAUGGUGAAAUUUUUCCCAGUGGACCCUGGACAUCUGCGGGAAGAACUUACAAGGUAUCUUUUUACUCUGCAAAUAAAGAAGGAUUUGGCUCUAGGAAGGCUUCCAUGCAGUGACAAGUGUACAGCGUUGAUGGUAUCUCACAUCUUACAAUCAGAACUGGGAGACUUUCAUGAAGAAACAGAUAGGAAACAUCUGGCACAAACCCGGUACUUACCAAACCAAGAUUGUUUGGAGGCCAAGAUCAUGCACUUUCAUCAGAAGCACGUUGGCAGGAGCCCAGCUGAGUCUGAUAUUCUGUUACUGGACAUAGCAAGGAAGCUGGACAUGUACGGCAUCAGACCUCAUCCUGCCAGUGAUGGUGAAGGGAUGCAGAUUCACCUGGCUGUUGCUCACAUGGGCGUACUGGUGUUACGGGGAAAUACAAAGAUCAAUACUUUCAACUGGGCUAAAAUUCGCAAGUUGAGUUUCAAGAGAAAGCAUUUUCUCAUCAAACUUCAUGCCAAUAUCUUGGUGCUGUGCAAGGACACCUUGGAGUUUACCAUGGCCAGCCGAGACGCGUGCAAGGCUUUCUGGAAGACUUGUGUGGAGUACCAUGCUUUUUUCAGGCUUUCUGAAGAGCCCAAAUCAAAGCCCAAAACCUUACUCUGCAGCAAGGGUUCUAGUUUCCGCUAUAGUGGAAGAACCCAAAGGCAACUUUUGGAAUAUGGGAAAAAAGGGAGGUUGAAGAGCUUGCCAUUUGAAAGGAAACAUUACCCAUCUCAGCACCAUGAACGGCAGUGCAGGUCCUCACCAGACAUCCUCUCUGAUGUGUCGAAACAAGUGGAAGACUUGAGACUAGCAUGCGGCGGGGGGUACUACCGGAAUGUGAAUGGGGUGCACGCAUCGGAGCCUGUGCUGGAUAGCAGGAGGAGGAACUCGGCUGUGGAGGUGACGUUUGCAGCUGAGCUGGAGCGUUCCAAGCCAGAGGCAGAUACCACAUCCUUACAUCAGUCCCAAAGCACUUCCUCAUUCCCUUUCAUGUAUACAGACCCUGUCUUUAACACUGACCCUGAUCCCAGAGACUUCUUUGAGGAGAGGAGUCCUCUCAGUUCCUUUCAGACCAGCUCCAAGUUUGCCGACAACCACAUGAGCGCAUCUUCUGGGCUCCCAACUAAAGUGAGUUCAGCAAGGCAGCUAACUUACACAGAUGUGCCCUAUAUUCCUUGCACGGGUCAGCAGGUUGAUAUUAUGCCUCCCCAAGUCUUUUUUUAUGUGGACAAGCCACCCCAGGUGCCCAGACGGUCUCCAAUCAUGGCACAGGAAAGGUCAAGGCCAGAAAGCUGUAAAGAGCCCACUGCCAUGAAGCCAGUCAAAAGAAGUCCCAGGAGCAUCAGACUGAAGAGCUUUCAGCAAGACCUCCAAGAACUCCAAGAAGCUAUGGCCAGGACUAGUGGUAGGAGUAACAUCAGCGUAGAUCUAGAAGAGGAAGACCCACAUUUAGAAGAUGCAUUUGCAUGUAACAUUCAAGAGCAAACCCCUAAACGGUCCCAGAGCCAAUCAGAUAUGAAAACCAUCCGUUUUCCUUUUGGGUCGGAAUUUAGACCUUUAGGGCCUUGUCCUGCUCUGAGCCGUAAAGCAGACUUGUUUACCUAUAUGUUUGCUGAUCAGGAACUGCCAACAGUGCUAAUGGAUCAAAGUACAGCAGAAAGGUAUGUAGCCAGUGAAUCCAGUGAUUCUGAAUCAGAGAUUCUUAAACCAGACUACUACUCUUUGUAUGGCAAGGGGAUAAGGUCACCCAUGGCCAGAAUCCGCCUGUCUUCUGGCAGCCUACAGCUUGAUGAAGAAGAUGAAGAUGUAUCUGUCAACAUCCCAACUGCUGAAGACAGGACUUUGCUAGAAUCAUGUAAUUACUUUUUAGCUUAGAAGUUGACCUCUGAACAUUUUAAAGCCAAUUCCAUGUUGUCAGCUUAAGAAAAAAAAAUGGGAACUUUUAUUUAAACCAUUUUCUUAGCUGCUAUUCAUUGGUGUUAAGGGACUAUUCUGAUUUGGGGCACCUAGCUUAUGACAACUCCAGCUGUUGCCUCAUUGCCUGAGCUUCACUCUUCUGUGCCACCCGAAUGGACUCUGGAACAUGCCCUUUCGUCUCCAGCAACCGUGGUGGGGGAAGGGGAACAUUUGUCAUCCUCAUUAUACAUGUCCUUGUAGAGACGUUUCAAAUGAAAGGUGAGCUCUUCCAUGCUGAAGAAUAGUGAUGGUAUGGGUUGGCAUAUGCAAUUAGCGUCUAAAAACACUGUGUGAUUUAGAGGAUUGUGACUGUGUUGAUUAUUUGCUUCUUAAAUGAUACUGAACAACGUUUUCAGCCCUCAUUAUUUGUCUAGGGCCCAGUAAAAAAUGGUCUUACAUGUCAAGGAAUUCAAUUUUUAUAACAUGUGUAGGUGAGCAUGGCCCCUUAUAGCCUCAGGGAUGAGUUGGUGGCAUAGAUACUCUCAACAGAACACACAUUUACAAUUAACCCAGGACAUUCAGGAAUUACAUCAAUUUCUAAACCCAAGGAAUUCAUGAAUCAUAAUAAUUUCUAAAGCCAGCUAUAUACCUGAAGAGGACACUAUGAUGUUUAACUUAAAACUUCUCUGUUCUUAAUUAUUACAUGUUAGUGAAUGGCAAAAGUAACAUGGCAGCUUAUCUACUCCCUCCUGCCAGAAUUUGUGGUGUUUUUUUUUCCCAAAUCUUGUUGCAUGUAUGUAGGCAGGGAAAUGAAAGGAAUGUUAUUUUAAUAAAUAGUAGAAAACUCCAUUUAAUUAAAAAUAAGUUAUGAGUAUGGUUAGUUUCAGAAGUGAUUGGUUCGGUUCUACUAGUAAGGAAAUGGCCAGUUACAGAACACACAAUAAAAGGAGGGAGUCAAAAGAAAAUGUAUAGUCAGGAGUGGAGAAUUAUAGGAUUAAAUUAUAGCUAAAAAGAAAAAGGAUAGUACUGCCACCAGAGUAAAUUAAGGAAUCAACGUUGUUUCUUAGCCCAUUCAGAAUUUUUCUACUAGCCCUCCUGGAAGGUAUCAUAUUGUAUUUGAGAACUUUGUUUAUUGCUUUUAAUGAUAAGUAUAAUAUAUUUAUAAGAUAAUGUUAAGUACUAACUUCAAAGAAGUGAUGUAACUAUAUGGGCAAACUGUUGUUAUGUAUAACUUAAUGGAGAAAAGAUGGAUGGAAUAGUUUCUUUACUCUUUCUAGUCCUCACAUCAUGAAAAUCAGUUUUCAUAUACCUCGUUCCACCCCUUUCCUACAUUCUAGUACUUUCUUCUCUGAUCCUGAAUUCAUUUCCUGUAACUCACAAAUCUAGAGUAGCUAUUUAAUCAUAGGAAUAUACUGACUCCCAAUCACCUAUAAUCUUAUAGAUCCCUGAAGCUAUAUUCAAGUCAUCCUCAACCUUUACUCUAGAAAAAGCUGAAACUCCGUCAUGCUAUAUGCUGUUUCUCUUCUCAAAUUCUGGAAGUCUUUGUUGAACUUAUGUUUUCUUCAGAGAUCUGUAGGUCUCAAAUCGUAUAUGAUCUUCUAAUAAAACAGUAAUUAAGGUGACUAUUGAACUUAUUGUCUAACCCAGGGCACUUUUGAGUCAAAGGGGAUUUUAUUGAUAAUGUUGUCAAGAUAGAAGGCAGAAACUGGGGUAGAUGUCAGUAUCUCCUAUAAAUGUGAAGAGAAUCUUCAAAUUUCCAACAGAAACUGUGGUUUGAUUAUUCCGACAAUUAAGGGCAUAGGAGAAAUAUGUUGAAACAAAAUAGAACAUCCCCCAAGUAAGCAAACACUGAGGACCAUGAAAUUUAAAUAUUUAUUUUUAAAACCCCCAAAACACUGGAAUAUGUUUCACAUACAAACAGUGUACAGGACAAAUGACUAUAAUGACAAAGCAAUAAAAUUUGCAUCUGUGAUGCUGUUUUUUUAUUUUUUCCAUUGAACAAUUUUUGUAAAAUUGAGGUGUAUAGUUAAAGGCAUGACUGAAUCUGAUAAUAUCAAUCAUCAUGGAGAAAUACAGGUGUAUGCAUUAUGUGCACCUGUCUUCUACUGAACAUGUCAAUGAAAACACAAACUUUGUGGUGGAACUGUGAAGAGUUCCCCAUGGAGACACCACACAUUUGACCAGAACCUUGAGUAGAGGGAGUGUUGUAAAGUUUCAAAUAAUCAAUUCAUAAAUCUGCUGCUUUUACUUUUACAAAAGUUCAUUGAAUCCAUAAUAUGUAUUGCCAAAUUAUUUCUGGCCCUCCAUAGAUUAUAAACUGUAAUUGGGUUUCAGUUACAGAGUAGGUAAAAAUUGAAUGGAACCACUAUUUUGAAAUACAGUUUAGGCCAAUGAAAAGAAUUUUCUGGGCAUAUGAUGUAACAACUUUCUCAUGUCUAUUAUUGUUUUUUUUAAAAGGGGGAUAUAAUGGCUAAUUUUCUUAAAAACUACUCGUUACUUGAAGAACAUCUUUCUUCUGAUAUUUGGCAAUUAUUCAGAUUUUCUUAAAAAAUUACUUGUGCAAAAAUCAAAUUGUGCAGACCCAAACAAUAAAACACUAGCCAUCAAAACUAAUUAAUAGCAACAAUCCUACAACUACUGAAAUAUAGCCCCAGUUCACAACUCAGGCAGGCAUAAUAUAUAUACCGGGCUUAACAGAAAAAAUGUAUUACCCACUUAACAGUACCAUAAAUAUAACUGAAAAUUAACUGUACAGUCUAUCUUUGUGUGGACAGAAAUUGUCCUGUACUAUGGUUAUUUUCAUAUGAACUAGAAAAUGUUCAUUUAAAUA